AUGUGUAUCGCCAUUUGGUCGGCCAAAACCCAGCUCGGAUACAGACUGAUCUUGGCCUCUAAUCGGGACGAGUUUCUUAGCCGACCCAGUCUCCCGGCCCAUCUGCAUUCGUUCGGUCCGAUCCAUCCGGACGUCCAAGCUCCUCCCUCGUCGCCCGCUCCCGAAGACCCGACCACGCAAGAUUGCAGACAGAUUAUUAAGGAAGGAAGCGAAGAUCCCAGCAGCCUCUCGGAUGAGAUUCUGUCGGGACGAGAUGCGAUCGCCGGAGGGACCUGGCUUGGGAUCCACAAAGAGACCGGGAGAUUCGGCUUCCUGACCAACCUCACUCCCCCACUCAACCACAUCCCCACUCUUGAUGAUGAUGAUGGGCAGGAUCAGGAAGUCGAGCCGUCCGUCCCGCUCAUCAGCAGAGGCCUCAUCAUCCAGGAAUUCCUCGCCGGGAACCUCGCCGUCCACAGUUAUCUCGAUCACUUGAAAUCCAGCCGGUUGUCCACGAAGAUGAAUGGCUAUAAUCUGGUGAUCGGACAGCUCGCCAGGAACGAGGAUGAGCAAGAUCGGAUCGGCUUCUUUUGCAAUCGAAACCCAGACCGAAUCCACCAUCACUUCGGCGACUUCACGAGCAAUCAUCAUCAGCAGGCCUCGUCUGACCCUCAAGCCCCACUUGUCUAUGCAAUCAGUAACGGGAUUGCUUGCAAACCUCCCAUCUGGCCCAAAGUUACCCAGGGGAUUCGGUUGAUGGAAGAGUGUCUACGCAAGAUUCGAACGGAUACGAGCUGUCCUCAGGGUGCUCCGACGGAUCUUGAGACGGAACUGUUCGAUCUAAUAUCGACAACCAAUGAUUCGACGGACGACAUACCAAGCAAUAUCUUGAUCCGCCCUUACCAUCGACUCUCUACUCCCGGGGCCUCGGCCAGUCAUGAGACAUGGUUCGGAACCAAGACCCAGACGAUCGUCCUCGUCUCGCAAACCUUUCCGUCCACAAUCACCUUUGUCGAGCGCGACGCCUUCCAGAUCCAGCCACCCGAUCCACUCGGAAAUAGCUUAGGCACCCCGGUUUGGAUGGGCGAUCAACGGGCUCGGUGGAGGAGAUUUGAAUUCCAAUUCCCGGCUUCUUGA